AUGCCAUCUACACAUAAAAUAAAAUCAUGUGGACGUCGUAAACGCCUACGUUAUUUUGAAUCCACCGCAGAUUUAAUAGCACGAAAAACUAUCACCGGUGAUGAAUUCAAUCAUAAUCACGUACAUACAUUAUUAUUAUCAUUGAAAUCGCGUAAAUCAUUAGCACAUAGUAAACUACGCUGUGAACCAGAUGGGAUACGAUUAAAACGUGCAUCGAAAUUCGGUCCACCACCGUUAAGAAAAUUUUAUUCAUAUAAAGAUAUUGAACGAUAUUAUGUAUUUGAUAAUGAUCCUACAAUACUUAUCUUAGGCUGUGUUGAUCAUGAACAACAUAAUCGUUAUUAUGAUUUUUUCAAAUUACCUGAAUCCCAUUAUAAAGAUAUUACUACACUAAUCAAUAAAGCUCGAAGUCAUUCUGAUUAUAUACUCAAUGAAGAUGAUACAACUUUACCAACACCAGGUGUCGUCUAUUCAUCACAUUCUAGUUUAAAUGUAUCAAAUGAACAUCUUUCACAAAAUAAUUUAUCUACUGAAGAGAUUAUAACAUUUAAUCCAAAUAAUGAAAUAUCUACGGAGAAUUUACAACAAACAACUAAUGAUCAUGUAACUAAUGCUAGUAUUAAUAAUUUAUUACUUCAGGAUAAUCAUAUGCCAGAAAAUCAACAAAACAUCAAUGAUAAUGAAGAUGAAACACUUCAAAAUGAUAUUCUUGAUAAAGAUGAUGUGAUUAUACAUAAUCAUAGUGAAAAUCUCUAUGAAUCAAAUAUGAUCAACAGUGAAUUGGCCACAUAUGAUACACCGAUAGAAAGUGCUGAAACAGUGAAUUAUGUCAAAGCGUCACCAGUAUCAAAAAUCAAUACUGAACGAAUUCACGCUAAUCAGAAAGACAACAGUGUUAGUGAAAAUGAUGAUCAUGAUAAUGAUAAUGAUGAGGAUGAUGAUAAAAAUAGUUUAAAGAUAAAAUUCAAUGAAUUAAAACAAAAAGAUAAAACAUUUGCAAAAUUAACCGAAAAUAUCAAUGUGAAUGAUUUAUCCGCGGUAGAUUUUCGUUAUGUUGCAACAAGCCCUCAUCAUGGUAAUCGUAUUGCUGAUCAUGGUGAUAUUUAUAUGUUUAUUGCACAUUAUAAAAGACCGGAAAAUAUUAGGCAUUUUACUGAAUACAAUGAUGAUUAUAAUGAUGAAGAUGACACUGAUCAACAUCAAACAACCAAUAAAGUAUACAAGAAAUAUGCUAGUACAGCUGAUAAAUCAUUUUCUCUACGUUAUAUUUAA